AUGCAACUUCGAAAGAUACUCAAAUUCAUCAUCGAAUAUUACUGGCGGUCUCCUACUUCUCGGGAAGAGCACCUCAACACAUCUAGCGCACUCCGAGAAGCCUCUCCAACGUUCGCUGCCAUCAUUGCAUUGGUUGAAAUGGAGUAUCCGAAGCUUUACAUAGACUUGAAUACUCCACGAUACAACCACGAGACCGCGCCCCGUGUCGAGCAAAUGACCGGCCGGGGCGCCUCGGGGACUACCCACACCAACUCGAUGCCUACCAUCAAGCACCUCUUCGUCGGCCUGAAAAUGCCACAGUCGGACUCUCCCACUUUCGAGGUGUGCAGGAUGAAUCUGGAGAAUCUUGAAUUUCUCCUCUCCGACAGCCUCCGGACAUUCAGGUCCCUGACGCUGCAGCCCAGCGGCAGAUCGUUCACACGGGCGUCGUACAUGGACUUCUUCUUCUUCAUCUCGACCGCGUUUCCGGCGCUCACACACCUCCACUUCGAUGUCUCCCUCUGCGAGGGUUGGAACGUGCACCAGUGCCAGGGUACCUUCCUGGGCACGGCGUUCCCCGCCCUCAUCUUCCUCCGACUCUCCAAUCCGCUCGGGUGCCAGUGCGCGGCGCUCCCAGGAGACGUUCACGAAGAGAACUGCAUCCUUCUUGGGGUUGCCUCAGCAUGUCCUGCUCUGCAGAACAUCCAGAUCGACGCCACGGGCACGCUGGCCGGAACCAAGCUUCCGUUGACGGUGCGGCGGCUCACGAUCGUCGCGCGCCGCAUGCACGACUCGGGCCGCGAGCUGAAGAGCACGUUCCUCGGCUACAACGUCGUGGCUGCAGUGCGACGUGGUCUCUUCUGUAACCUUGGCGAAGGUGGGAGGGGUGUUGUGCGGAAGGUAGAGGUUUUGAGUCCCACAGAUAAGAUAAUUGCCAUGGACAGGGUGCGGGACGCAUGCGCGGAGUACGGCAUCGUCUUCGAGAGGACUUCUGAGGGGGAUUUGCAGGUACUUGUGUGA